AUGUGCGAUGAAACACCUAAAUUAUGUAGAGUUUGCGGUGACAAAGCUUUGGGCAAAAAUUUUUGUGCCAUUUCUUGUGAGUCGUGUAAAGCGUUUUUCAGAAGAAAUGCCUCUAAUAUUGAUAAAAUGAAGUGUUAUUAUGGAGAGAAAUGUGAGAUCAAUGUUGAGAUGAGAACUGUUUGUCGCAAAUGUAGACUUAGAAAGUGUUUUGCAAUCGGAAUGAAAAAAGAAUGGAUAUUAAAUGAAAAUGAAAAAGAGUUGAGGAAACAAAAAAUUUUGAAAAAUAAACAAAAACUUGUUAAUAGUGAUAACAAAAAUGAUAAAAUUAUUGAAUCAAUGACCAAAUCGAUAUCUAAUACAUCGUCAACAAUGAAAUUAUCAAAUGAUAUUAUAAGUGAUGGAUUAUUAUCAUCUGAAUCGACUGAAAUAGAUUUCAUAUUUGAUUUGUUAGACAAACAUAGUUUAAGUGAUGAGAAAAUCAAUUCACAGAUUAGAGAAAUUGAAAGCAGUCUUUCAAAUGACAGUAUUAAUGAUUUGAAUGACAUCUCACAGGAAGUGUAUCGGAAGACUCUUGAAUUAGAAAUGGCUGUCAUUCCCAUCGCUCGACCGUUUAAUACAAACUCAUUCAAUGAAACGGAAAGCUUUAGAUUUAGUGAAUUAAUUGAUAUUACAAAUGAGUUACGAAAACCUCAGGCCAGCCCUACUGCUGUUGUGUCAGACUUUACAAAUGCGGCACUAAUUUUGGUGCAAAAAUGUGAUGAAGAGUUUAGAAAUGUUGUAAAAGUCUAUAAAAAAUUAAAUGCUUUUAAAGGUAUGUGUGAAAGUGAUAAAAUCACCUUGUUCAAAUAUGGCACUGUUAAAGUAGUGGUCAUGCAUGCCGUGGCCUGUUAUGAUGGUAACAAUGAUCACUGGAGUAUACCUGUGGACACUAACAAUUCAGCACUAAUGGACUUAAAGAUACUGAAACAAUCAAAAAAUGAUUUAUAUUUUCCAUUACAACGAUUUUUGCAUGAAUUGUCUAAAGAGUAUGAUAAUGAUGAAAUUAUACUUGAAUUGCUUUCGGCAAUUGCAUUGUUUGAACCAACACUGCCUGAUCUUAAACAUAGAGAAGCAAUUAGACUUCAUCAAUUGAUUUACAUGUAUUUACUACAACGGUAUCUUCAAGUAAAAUAUGGCGGAUCUGAAUGUAUGGCAAAAACUAAAUUUAUACGAUUAAUGAAUGGUGUGAUAUAUGCUCACCGAACACAUCACACACACCUGAGAUACCUACUCGAGGAGGUGCCCACCCUUGACAUUAGCCCACUAUUAAGUGAAAUUCACUUACAGUUCCUUAUCUACAUAUUCCUGGAAAUACCAGUCAUUGUUACCAUUCACUGGCACCACAAUGACCGGUCAAUUACCAACUAUCAUAUCAAACCGUCUAUACAUUCAAACUAA